AUGCCCUUUGGGCUUACCAAUGCACCUGCUUCAUUCCAAAAUUGGAUGAAUCAAGUUUUUAAAACUCUUCUGAGGAAAUGUGUCUUAAUAUUCUUCGAUGAUAUUUUGGUUUACAGCAAAACCCUGGAAGAGCACUGGCAACAUUUAGCAUGGGUCUUUGAAUUGAUGAGAGAACAUCAAAUGUUUAUUAAAGCUAGCAAGUGUGUUUUUGUCAUAGAUAAUAUUGAGUACCUUGGCCAUUUCAUAUCAGCCAAUGGUGUUGAAACUGAUCCCAACAAAGUAUCAGCGGCGCUAGCUUGGCCAGUGCCUAGGACAGUGAAGGAAUUGAGAAGUUUCUUGGGGCUGACAGGAUAUUAUAGAAAAUUUGUGAAGUCUUAUGCUGCAAUUAGCAAGCCACUUACAUACUUGUUGAAAUUAGGAGCAUUUGGGUGGAAUGAAACAGCAGAGCAAGCUUUUAAACAAUGGAAAGAAGCCUUAGCUUCAGUUCCAGUCUUGGCCAUACUAGACUUCAAAAAGUCAUUUGAAGUAGAAACCGAUGCUUCAAAAGGAGGAAUAUGA